UCCUUGGAAUCAGACUUGAACUUCCGGUCCCGCCUGUCUCUGCUUUAUGUGAGUGGCAUCUGGGCCACAAAUCUGUCAGUUCACCCACCUAGAGCCAGGGUCUGCAGCCUGCAGUCUGCGCCGGACCUGGCCCACUGCCUUUUUUUGUAAGGCCGUCAAGCUACAAGGGUUUUUCCUUUUGUUUUUGUUUUAUUGGUUUUGUUUUUUUGUUAAUGGUUGGUUGGAAGGAAAAGGAUUCUUUGACCAAUUUAUAAAAUUUAAAUGUGUGUGAAUAAAAAUGAGUCAGAACAUAACCAGGUCCCUUUGCUUAUACUGUCUAUGGUUGAGUUUACAUUGUACCAACUGAGUUGAGUAAAUUGUGUCCAGAAAAUCAUGUCUGAGUGUUGUGGUCCACGCCUUUAAUCCUGGUACUCAGAAGGCAAGGGCAGGCAGAUCUCUAUUGAGUUCAAUCAAAGUCAGUCAGCCCGGGCUACAAAGUGAAACCCAGUCUCAAAACAAAACAACACGCUUAGCGAGGCUAUCUUCAGGGAAACAAUAAAGACUGACAGGCCCAUGGCACUAGUUUGGGUGUUAAAGAGAUAAUGGAGAGAUACGCAAAGCAGGGUUACCUAUUUCGAAUGCCCCAAGUCCCAAAAGCUUAAGUUCACUGAAUUGCAGAUCUGAGGAGGUGUGGCCUCAUCACUGGACUACAAACUAGUGCAUCAUGGGACGACUUAAGGAGGGGGGAGGUGAAUGCGGAGGCCAGGCGCGGUGGAUUAUGGGAGGCGUUACUGAAGCCCGCCGAAGCGGGAGAGUUCGUUCGCUGCCAGGCCCGGGAAACCUGGAUGAGCGGGGACAGGCCAGCCCCUCUGUGCCCGGCGCUUGUUCCCUGAGCCCACGGCAGCAUGCCGCGCCCCGCAUCCGCCGGCCCCGAGAGGCUGAGCGUGCAUCGUCUCCCCACAGCCCUGCCAUGUCUGGCUGCGAGCUGCCGAGGGGCCUGUGCCCGGACAUGUGCCCGGCCUCCGAGCGCGUCCGACGCGAGCGUGAGCGCCGCCUUCACCGGCUGGAGGUGGAGCCGGGAAGCCGUGGGAGCGCGCCCCGAGCCGACCCGCGGCGCGCCGUGAAGGAGUACUGCCGGCCAGCGGCAGGCAAGCCCCGGCCCCCGCCCGGCCUGCUGCGGCCGCCCCCAGUGCUCCUGGCCACCGUGCACUACCUGGCCGUCGAGGUGGCCGGCCGCGCCGACGCGUCGUGCGCGGAGGUGGUGGGCUUCGUGGCCGACCGCCUGCGCGCUGUGCGGCUGGAUUUGUCGCUGCAGGGCGUGGGCGACGCGGAAGCGGCGGCGGUGCUGGAGGCCGCGCUGGCCACGCUGCUGGCCGUGGUGGCGCGGCUGCGGCCGGAAGAGGCGCGCGAAGCCGCGGACCCAGUGCUGCUGCAGACGCAGGUUCAGGAGGGCUUCGGCUCGCUGCGGCGCUGCUACGCGAGGGGCGACGCCCCGCACCCCCGCCAGGCCACCUUCCAGGGCCUCUUUCUGCUCUACAAUUUGGGCUCUGUGGAAGCCCUGCAGGAGGUUCUACAGCUGCCUGCCACCCUUCGUGCCUGCCGACCCCUUCAAACUGCCCUGGCUGUUGACGCUGCCUUCCGUGAAGGCAACCAUGCCCGGCUAUUUCGCCUGCUUCGCACCUUGCCCUACCUACAGAGCUGCGCAGUGCAGGGACACAUUGGCUAUUGCCGCCGCAAAGCGCUGGCCCGCCUGUCCCGUGCCCUGAGCACUCCUAAAGGACAGACCUUGCCUUUGGACUUCAUAGUACACCUUCUGGCUCUGGAUGGACUCCACGAAGCAGAGGAUCUGUGUCGGGCCCAUGGACUGACCUUAGAUAAGGACAGAGUUGUGUUCCUGAGGGGGCGCUACUCUGAGGAGGGACUCCCACCCCCUGGUACCUGCCACACAUUAGUGGGAAGCAAGCUGCAGGGGUGCACCCUGGAGGAGGUGGUCAUGGCAGAGGAAGACAGGGACAUGCAGAGAUCUGGACCUCCAGCUUGAGAGGGUUGGAUCUCCACCAAGGAUUGGACCAGAGCACCUGGGGCUCUUCUUCAUGAUUCCCAAACAAUAAAAGGACGGCGUUUUA